AAAAUGAAGGCUGAGCAUCAAAAUCCUAUUUGGAAGCGAGCAGAAAAAUCCUGCUGGUGAGUUUUAGGGACACGGGACUUUUUAUCUCAGUCGACACGCAUCAGUGAGAAGGAGGAUAAAGAUGGGCGUCAAAUUCUCCUCGGGUUCGUUUGUUCUUAGUGUUUGAUCCACUUCAAAUUACUUAAGAAAAACUUGUUUAAAGGAGGACUGAGACAUGUCUUCCCUUGGAAGCUGCUUUAAUUGUAUUCUGCUCUAAGUUUCUCGCACACUUCAGCAGCCUAUGAAAAGGAAUAAUGCGAUUUACGCGCAGUUGAUGCAUCAGCGAAGCCACCCCUAUCCUCUUAUGCCAGUCUGCCUGACUUUAGAACCUAUAGUAUUGCAACCAGUAUUGCCAGACCACACACCAAGAGAGGAGGAAUACUCCGAUGGAAAAUCAUGCAGCACUUUGAACCCAUGGAGACAUGGCACAUAGGUUCCUCUCAUCUACGAACAGAUUCAGCGCCAGAUUCGCCUUCAUAUUCACUGUGUCUUUAUCCUGCACAUAUUUAUGCUACAGUAUUCUUUUUUGUCGCAGCACAGUUAUGACAAACCGGGGUUACGAGGGGAGAAGAUGCCCGCCGAGCAAGAACGCAGGAGGGAAGAAACUUCUUGGGAAAUUAGACAAUUGCGCUUCGCUGGAAGUCAGGUCUGCUCUGGAUGGGUCCGCUGCCCCGCGAGGAUACAGCGAUCUGCGCGACAUUAAAGCCACUGCCUCGUCUGGUCACUCGGAUGACAUGAAGUUAAGAAACAUGAGUGUUGCCCAAAAAUAUGGGAAUAAGAAGCUGCCUAAUGCGUUAAUAGUCGGUGUAAAGAAAGGAGGUACCAGGGCGGUGCUGGAGUUCAUCCGGAUACAUCCAGAUGUGCGAGCACUAGGAACUGAGCCGCACUUUUUCGACAGAAACUAUGACAGAGGGCUGGACUGGUACAGGGGAUUAAUGCCACGAACACUAGACAGCCAGAUCACAUUAGAGAAGACACCCAGCUACUUUGUCACCAAAGAGGCUCCGAGACGCAUCUGCAGCAUGUCCCACGAGACAAAGCUGAUUGUUGUGGUGCGUAACCCAGUCACAAGAGCCAUCUCCGACUACACACAGACUCUUUCCAAGAAGCCCGACAUCCCUACGUUUGAGGAGCUGGCCUUUAAGAACAAAAGUGAGGGUCUCGUCGACUCUUCCUGGAACGCCAUUCGGAUUGGGAUGUACAUCCUGCACCUGGAGAAUUGGCUGCAGUACUUUCGCCUGUCGCAGAUGCACUUUGUGAGCGGGGAGCGGCUGAUCACAGAUCCAGCGGGGGAAAUGGGCCGCGUUCAGGACUUCUUAGGGCUGAAACGAAUAAUCACGGACAAGCACUUUUACUUUAACCGAACCAAAGGCUUUCCCUGUCUGAAAAAGCCGGAGAGCAGCAGCCAGCCGCGCUGCCUGGGAAAAUCCAAGGGCAGGACUCAUGUACAGAUCGAACGGGAGGUCAUAGAGCAGCUGCAGGAGUUUUAUAGGCCAUUCAAUAUCAAAUUCUUUGAAACCGUGGGGCAAGACUUCAAGUGGGAUUGAGGGUUCCAUACAGAAACAAGGCUUUUUUUAAAUGGCCUCUGAAAAUAAAUAUAAAUGAGGGUAUCUUCAUACAAAUGUUUAAAUGAAAAGUUUAUUGAGAUAUGUAUUCAUUGACAAAAUCAACAUAGAAGAAUAUAUCAAGCAUAAGAGUUUUAGGUUGGGUCAUUAUGACAACAAGUGCUAUUUCAUAAAGAAUAUAAAUAUCUAUAUCCAAAAAAUAUGUUUCUUUCUUCUUUCACAAGGACAUUGCUUAAAUAUUCAUUCUGAUCAAAAUGAACCAUCGGCUUUAAUGUUAAAUUGACUUCCUAACAGGAAUUUGCAGCCAAAUGUCAAAUGAUUAUUCAAAUCUGCCUGUCAAUUAUUCUGCAGUGAAGUUUAUCUCUGUAUUGUUGACAAAAGUUCAUAGGCAACAAUGACACAUUUACUGAAUAAAUGUACUGUAAAAAAAAACGUCUUGAAUAUUAAAACAUAUGCUAUAACGACGAUAAAGGUUUAUUAAACUUCAGCUCUUUCUGUGUCAGUAUUUUUGUUGUGAUCAUCGAAAUAAAAUGCAGAAGUCUA